AUGAGAGUCCAAAUCUCAGCCCUUGUACUGCUCUUUGGUGAAGCAUCUCACGCUCUCCCAUCUGCCCCUCAGCAAACAUCCAAGCAGACGCUUCCAGCACCUCCCAAGCCUGAACCCAUCAAGCUUCAGACUUUGACUCUACCACCGGUCAUUGCUGACGAUGCCGUUCCUGGUGCCUGUGACUCUAAAGUCAAUCCCAUGGGAACAGGCUGCAUUGCAAGAACGAAACCCUUCGUAACUGGCAGUUUCUUACCUGAUGGAAAGCACAUACUUGCUCAAGUAACUUUUAUUGGCGCACCUGUAGCCCCAAACCCUGCCAGCAUUUACAACGGAACCCAGCUCAUCGCUAUCAAAACGGGGAGAGACAAGUUCCCCAACGGAGACGCAUGGAAAUGCUUAAGCUGUGGGGUCUACCGAGAGAAGACCGAGGAGCUUGAUUAUCCCCAGGCAUUCCCUGAUGGAAAGAGAGCGCUCGGCGGAUCUUCCAUUCUCGACUGCGGAAAACAUAAUCUAGUUGAUCCACAGUGCACACCCAAGGUUGCGAAAUGGUACUCUAUUCGUUGGAAUACUAGCCCGGACGGCUCCGGUGCCGGUGGUGCUAUCAGAGAACUACGAAUCCACCCCGACGGUCUUCAUUUGGGUUUCAAUUCCUUUACCCAGGUCAAUGGCAAACUGGGUCAGAAUGCGUAUUUCUCUAAGCUGAGCUAUAACCCAUCACCCGAGACUGGUCUACCACUUAGCCCUCGCUAUGACCUUGUCGACGUUACAAUACUUUUUGAUCCUGAGGACACACAACCAAUUGAGGUCCACGAAGAUACCUUGAUCAUUAAUCCUCAGGCUAUCUCAGUCGGAGAACUCAGGGGAUUCAGUGGUGAUGGUAAAGAGGUUACUUACGUGGGCUAUCCAACCGAGUCAUCAAACAUCGAUGCGUACGCGGUUGACCUUGGCACUGGAGCUACUCGUCGCCUGACAAGUCACCCUGAGUACAUCGACCCUUUGGACUUUUCCCCUAAUAAUCAAUGGUUCGUCGCGAUGGAUACUCGCGGAACCGAUCGUCAGAUGUGGGUGUCUGGCAUGCGUAAUAUACCCCCAAUCACCGACUUGGUAAGCACAUCAGUGACCUCUGCUACCCGUAAUAACGGCCGCAGAAGGUUUUUUCGCCCAUAUCUCCUCGAUAGAUAUGGAGAUCGAGGAGACUACUAUGGCCAGAGACUUGAUGACCAAGGAUCUGGAGUUGCUGGGAGUGGCGAUUAUAACGACCCCGAGUGGAAUGCUAGAGCUGACCCCAGAUGGUCGCCUGAUGGAACGCAAAUUGUUUGGUGGGAGGAAAUCACUCUGGCGCCUGCGUGUGGUGGACAAAACCCUCUUCCGUGCUACACAUCCAAGGAGCCCGGACAAGCUGCUUACCGCGCUGUUGUGGCAACGCUUACGAGCCGGAAACCACACGCACGAAUCGCUGUUCAGCCUGCUUCCAACAUGGUUCCUUGGGGCAAACCAUAUGUCCAGGGUAGCAAGAGCACGGCGCGUCCUCAACCCGCUCCGGGUAAUUACACGCUUCGAGGCAAAGUAGAUGGUUUUGCCAGGGUUAUCAUCGGGGACGAUAUGACGACAAAGGCAACCAACAAUGUGAGCGUUGAGUAUUUCAACUUCACAGAUGACGGCAUGUCUUUCCUUACUGGAACGGAAAGCGUUCAGACUAGGAGCGGUUCCGCGACCCUGACCCUAAUCGAUUGGUAUUCAGAUCUUGUCCAGACUGUAGGACAAGCUGUGAAUACUAAGAGGACUAGCUCAGACGGCUUCCACCUAGCAAUUGACGUCUUGACUAAUAUGUUUAAUGCUAAUGGGACACUAUCUACAAAGGUUAAUGGCAAUCUUUAUCUGCAGCCGGCUAUACCAGAAGGUGUUGAGAAGCGACUUGCGCUUCGAGACGCUAUCGAGGCCACUGAAGAUGAAGUCCAGGCCUUGGGCAUCCAGAUGUAUCAGGUCUACGCCAAUACUGGAUCAACAGCGCUAGUAGUGGAGGCUGGGGAUCAAGAGCCCGAAUUUAGCCAGCUCAACGCGACACGAAAGGUCAAACUUACUACAUAUCCAGGCUAUCAUUUGCCUCACGUCUGA